UGUCAAAAAAAAAUGUCAAAAUCAUUCCCUCAAAAAAUAGGAAGUUUAAACGAUUUGAAUUAAUCGUGAAAGUACACGUAUCCUAUAAAAUGUGUUUAUAAGAGAAAUAUCUCUAAUAAUAAAGUUAUUACAACAUUAAUUGAAAUUUAGUUCGAUUGGACGUUUAAAGUUCGUGUUAAGUGAAAAUUUUGAGGUUAGAAAUGUCUGAUAUCAGUGAUGCUUAUAAAAGGAUCCCCUUUUUCACAAGAUAUUGGCUAACUUUGAUAGCCUGUUUUACGUUGGUGGGACGUUUGGGGCUAAUAAGCCCUUAUACCUUGGUGUUGGCAUAUGAACCCCUUAAAAGAUUUGAGAUAUGGAGAAUAUUUACAUCGGCAUUUUUCUAUCCGUUAAGUCCAGGAACUGGGUUUCACUUUUUAAUGAAUUUAUAUUUUUUGUAUAAUUACUCAAAGUUAUUAGAAACUGGAUUUUUUAGUGGAAAACCAGCCGAUUAUUUCACAAUGUUGGUUUUUCAUUGGGUUUGUUCGGUUAUCGUUGGGCUAAUAGUUGGAUUACAUAUUAUUAUGGAACCUAUGAUAUUAGCAACACUUUACGUUUGGUGUCGAUUAAACAAAGAUGUUAUUGUAAACUUUUGGUUUGGUACUCAAUUUAAAGCAAUUUACCUCCCAUGGGUAUUUUUGGGUUUCAACAUGAUUUUAAAUGGAGGUGGUCUAUAUGAGUUAAUAGGAAUUUUAAUUGGACACCUUUAUGUGUUCCUAAUGUUUCAAUAUCCCCAAGAAUUAGGGGGAAGUCAGUUAUUAUCCACUCCUAGUAUAUUCAAACAAUGGUUUCCAGACACAAUUGGAGGAGUUCAUGGUUUUGGAACUCCUCCACCAAGAGCCCCACAACCACAGGCAAGAAGAGGUGUCUUUGGAAGACAUAAUUGGGGUACCGGGCAUGUUUUAGGAGGAAACUAAUUUUAAUUUUGUAUAUUUAUAUAAACUUUAGUUCUUGAUAAUGUUUAAAUAAUUGAUAAAUGAAU